UGGAUAAAUGUGAGGUUAUCCACUUUGGUGGCAAAAACAGGAAAGUAGAUUAUUAUCUGAAUGGUGCCGAUUAGGAAAGGGGGAGAUGCAACGAGACCUGGGUGUCAUGGUACACCAGUCAUUAAAAGUAGGCAUGCAGGUGCGGCAGGUAGUGAAGAAGGCGAAUGGUAUGUUAGCAUUCAUAGCAAAAGGAUUUGAGUAUAGGAGCAGGGAGGUUCUACUGCAGUUGCACAGGGUCUUGGUGAGACCACACCUGUAGUAUUGCGUACAGUUUUGAUCUCCUAAUCUGAGGAAAGACAUUCUUGCCAUAGAGGGAGUACAGAGAAGGUUCACCAGACUGAUUCCUGGGAUGUCAGUACUUUCAUAUGAAGAAAGACUUUCCUAAAUUAACAACUCUCUGAGAUACAUAUUAAAUAAAAAAUGAACUCUUCCCUAUCUCUAAAUAUAACUGAGAGUGAAGCAUUCCUCCACGCUUCCCACUUCUGUUAUUGGUCACACAUGUCAUGUCAUAAGAGUUACAACAUCGACAAGAAGGUGCAGAGUUUUCACGCCUCCAGCUGCAAGAUAACGGGUACGUUGGCCUCAAAACCACAAACAACGAAACAAAUAUUACUCAUAUCCUGCACAUUGGGCAUUGUACAAUAAUGUAAGACACCUAAUCAUCCCUAUAAAACUCAGUCCGGACAGAGAGACUCAGUUCACUUCAAGACGCCGAGAUCCUGAAGAUGAAGUGCUUCAAGAUCCCCGUUGUCAUUGUGUUAUUUCAUCUUGCGCUUAGUUUAAGUGCACCCGUCAACGAUACGAAACGGUUUAGCAAAAACGACUGGGAUCAAUGCCGGAAUUACCUCAAACGAUUUUACAACAUGACCGAACCCAAAUUGAGAACGUCCGACUCCGGGCUUCAGGAUAAGAUUAGAGAAAUGCAAGAAUUCUUUGGUCUGCAAGUGACUGGGAGCUUGAACCGCGACACUAUGGAAAUGAUGGAGAAACCCCGUUGCGGGGUCCCAGAUACGGCGCAGCUCACUAAGUCCUCACUCAGACGUUCUCGGUGGCCGCAGAGGAGAAUCACCUACAGAAUCAGGAAUUACACGCCGGAUCUGGACAGACGAGAGAUAGACACCGCUAUUGCCCUGGCCUUUAAAGCCUGGAGCGAUGUUACUCCUCUGACCUUUGUCAGACUGAACACAGGAGUGGCUGAUAUCAUGAUAUUGUUCGCUGCACGUAGUCACGGGGACGGUAACCCGUUCGAUGGCAGCAGUGGGACUCUGGCUCAUGCGUUUUUCCCUGGAUCGGGCAUCGGUGGCGAUGCUCACUUUGAUGAAGAUGAAAAGUGGACAUUGUCCAGAGCCGGAAUCAACUUGUUCCUCGUUGCGGCUCAUGAAUUUGGUCAUUCACUGGGUCUGGAGCACUCGAACGAUAGAUCUGCUCUUAUGUUCCCCACCUAUUCGUAUGUCAAUACCAAUGGGUAUCGCCUCCCAGCCGACGAUGUCAGACGAAUCCAGGCCUUGUAUGGAGCUCGUGAAAAACCAAUACCAACACAACCCCAGCCAAAACCAACCAAUCCUUCCGAUAGAUGUGAUCCCCAAAUGUCAUUUGAUGCUAUUACCAGUUCACGUGGUGAACUCUGGUUCUUUAAAGACGGAACUGUGUGGCGAAAACAACCUCGGCGCCCAGAUGUGACAUCCAGUCCAAUCAAGAAUAUUUUUCCAAACAUUCAGUCAGUUGACGCUGCGUUUGAACUAAAGGAUAAAGAUCUUGUCAUUCUCUUCAAAGGAUCACAGUACUUUUUAAUUAGAGGACUCAGAAUGUUAUCACGGUAUCCCAGGAGCAUCCAUUCGAUUGGAUUUCCAAACUCUGCUACACAUAUCGAUGCUGCCCUGUAUAUCAAGGAGAGAAAAAAAGCAUUAUUCUUUAUUGGAGAAAAAUAUUGGAGUUAUAAUCUGAGGAGAGGACGCAUGGAUAGAGGCUACCCAAGAAGAAUAAACAAUGACUUUCCUGGAAUAGGGAAUAAAGUAGAUUCAGCAAUUCAAAAUUCUGGCUUCCUCUACUUAUCGAAUGGACCAAUACAAUAUGAAUAUGACUACAGAAAUAAACGGGUUGUUCGUGUUUUGAAAACAUCCAGCUGGCUAAAUUGUAAUUAAUUAACAAGAAGUAUUUGCCUUAAGAACUGCCCAAUAUUUAACAGAGCAGUGUAUUCUUUCAAACCAGGCAAAUUUUAAAAUUGAUUUUUAUUUGUUAUGGAAAAGAUCAUUGUGGUUUUGCUAAUUAACAUUUCUGGGUACAUAAAUGGAUUAUAUUUUCUAACAUUUUAAAAAAAAGUCAGUGAUGAUUAAUCUUGUUUUCUGAUGUGAAAUAUACAAAGUACAAUUUAGAAUUAUACAAAAAUAUGGAUUGAAGUUGCUUAGAAUGUAUGUCUGCAGUAUUAUUAUGCCUGAUCUCCAUCAUUUGAAUACCAAUAAAGAACUGCUUCAUAUCAUUUGAAGUUUAUUCAAUUA